GUGCCCAGAAGCUGCUGGGCCCAUUCCCCCAGGUUGCCAGCCUCCUCCUCCCCAACACCCUUUCCCAUCCCCGCUCUUCCUCUUCCUAGCUCUCUUCACCUUCCUCCUUGUAGCUGCUAGCUUUUCUUCCAAAUUCCUUUCAUCAGAGGAAGCCUUGCCCUGGUGGAGUGAGGGUAGGAUCACCCAUCCGGGUGCCAAAUCUAUUAGCUAAGCAGUGGAGAAGGGAGAUCUCCCAAACUCCACCCCAUUAUUUCACCUUCUUCUAGUCUGCUGAGGUUGGGCCAACGAUGCUGGUCCAUGUCAGUUUAUGUACUUGUGGGAGGGGUAAUUUGAAUGAAUGGGAAAGCCUUGCUUUACUUAACAUGUUCCAAUGCUAACUGGAACUGAGACCUGGGGUAGGUCAGGUCUCUAGCUCCUGUCCUGUAAAUCGGUAACACUCCUUCCGUGUCACGUGUUCUGUGAUUCCGAAUAUUUGUGGGCCAUUCUCUCCGUCGAGAAAGUAUGCCUGCUCAGUGCCAGGCACUGUUCUAGGAUCAGGGGAUGUGAUGUGGAACAAGACAGAUGAAGACCCCUGCCUCACGGAGCUUGCAUUUCAGUGGUGGGAAGACAGACGGCAGAACUAAUUAAGAUAUGUAAUGAUACUCGGUGGGAGAAAAGUGAAGCAGAGGAGGAAGGAACAGGGUGCUGGGGGAGAAGGUGGCACAGUUUAAAUCUGUGGUCUGGUUUCCCUCACUGAGAAGUUGACCACGGAGCAAGGAACCGAAGAAGGUGAGAGAAUGAGCCAUGAGAGCACAUGGGUAAGAAUAAUCACAAAGUCCCAGAGGUUGAAGUGCCCCAGGCUGGAAGCGGUAAGAAUGAAGCCGGAGAACUCUGGGGUCAGAAAAGGCCGGAUGCUAAGGUGGAACUUUUAUGUCAGUAUGUGGGUUUAUCCACAAAUCUGUCCCAGGAAGCCAGCAGACUUCUCUCCUUUUCUCCUAGAAUUCCCCAUCUGGUCUCUGUGAGUAGCUAUCUGGGUGAUAACUGGGGAGAGAGACUAUUUUUGUCCACGGUUCAAAUUUCUGCUGGUUGGGGCUUUUGUUCAUUACUUUAAUGGCAGUUAACCCGAGGUCUGCUCAUGUAUAUUUAGUUGCAUUUUCUGGAACCUUACCCUUUGUACAUCUGGUGUAUUCUUUUCCUCCCCACUGCCCUCUUCACCACCACCUUCUCUACUGUUUUGCUGUCUCUUUCCAUGAUGCCAUUUGCCCACCCACUCUGGGAUAAAUGAAGCUCCUGGUUUGGUCAUUUGGUAUUUUUUCCCUUGAUUUCUGGGUGACAGGAGAGUUUGAUUUUUCUAAUUUCCCAGCCUGUUAUCAAGAGGUAGUUUCCUGGAUGGCUGAAAGAAUGCUGGAUGGGGUUCCUUUAUGACUGUCCAUAAUAAUGUGGUGAUGACAGUGCUUCAUGUUAAAAGGGCAUAAGGGCACUGUAUGCGCUGAAAGUUAUGAUUUUCCUGCUCUUAUGAAUUUCCUCAUGGCUCAGUCACUUACUUAACAAACUAAAAGAACGUCUGGCCCAUGUUUAGCACUGCAAGAGCCCUGAUGCAGGAGGUGUUUGAAGUCAGUACUGGAAUCUAGCUGGCAACGCUGGAGGAAGCCCGUUGUAUGAUAGCGGAUGGCUUCUUACCUCUAAUUCCAAAAUCCAGAAUCUCUCAAAAUUGGAAAAUUUGUUUGGUAAUUUGUUUGGCAGCGAGACUUGGCCUCACCGGCCCUGAACUCAUGUGGCAGCAAAAACUGAUCAGAACUGACACGAGGCUAUCGAUAGACUUGAUUUCUGCCCUUGAGCAUGAGCUCCGUACGCCCAGGAAUGCACAGAUUGUUGCCAAACCUCUUGUGAGAUUUAACCUCCGCACCUCUGGGGACUCAGAACACGAAGGAUGCUACCUCUCCCUCGGCCACAACCAGCCCUUGGAAGACUGUGGCUUCAACAUGACAGCCAAAACCUUUUUCAUCAUUCACGGAUGGACGAUGAGUGGCAUGUUUGAAAAUUGGCUAUACAAGCUUGUGUCCGCCCUGCAGAUGAGAGAGAAAGAAGCCAAUGUUGUGGUGGUUGACUGGCUUCCCCUGGCCCACCAGCUCUACACAGACGCGGUCAAUAACACGAGGGUGGUGGGACACAGUGUUGCAAGGAUGCUCGAUUGGCUGCAGGAGAAGGAUGAUUUUUCUCUUGGGAAUGUUCACUUGAUCGGCUACAGCCUCGGAGCCCACGUGGCAGGGUAUGCUGGCAACUUCGUGAAAGGCACGGUGGGCAGAAUCACAGGUUUGGAUCCUGCCGGGCCGCUGUUUGAAGGGGUGGACAUCCACAGGAGGCUGUCCCCCGACGACGCGGACUUUGUGGAUGUCCUCCACACCUACACACGUUCCUUCGGCUUGAGCAUCGGAAUUCAGAUGCCCGUGGGCCACAUCGACAUCUACCCCAACGGGGGUGACUUCCAGCCGGGCUGUGGACUCAAUGAUGUCUUGGGGUCAAUUGCGUAUGGAACAAUCACAGAAGUGGUGAAAUGUGAGCACGAGCGGGCCGUACACCUCUUUGUUGACUCCCUGGUGAAUCAGGACAAGCCGAGUUUUGCGUUCCAGUGCACGGACUCAAAUCGCUUCAAAAAGGGGAUCUGUCUCAGCUGCCGCAAGAACCGUUGUAACAGCAUUGGCUACAAUGCCAAGAAAACCAGGAGUAAGAGGAACAGCAAAAUGUACCUCAAAACCCGGGCAGGCAUGCCCUUCAGAGUUUACCAUUAUCAGAUGAAAAUCCACAUCUUCAGCUACAAGAAUAUGGGAGACAUCGAACCCAACUUUUACGUCACCCUUUAUGGCACCAACGCAGACUCCCAGAUCCUGCCUUUGGAAAUAGUGGAGCAGAUCGGGCUGAAUGCCACCAACACCUUCCUGGUCUACACCGAGGAGGACCUUGGAGACCUCUUGAAGAUCAAACUCACCUGGGAGGGGGCAGCUCAGUCCUGGUACAACCUGUGGAAGGAGCUUCGCAGCUACCUGUCCCAGCCCCGCAGCUCUGAGCGGCAGCUGAACAUCAGGCGCAUCCGGGUCAAGUCUGGGGAGACCCAGCGGAGGUUGACCUUUUGUGUGGAAGACCUCGACCACACCAGCAUAUCCCCCGGCCAAGAGCUCUGGUUUCACAAGUGUCGGGAUGGCUGGAGGAUGAAAAAUGAAACCAGCCCAACUGUGGAGCUUUCCUGAGGGGCCAGCGAGGCCCACUCACACCCGCCUUCCAGACACAUGGAGGAAAGUUACUGCUGAGGACCCACCUGAUGGAAGGACCCCUCUUGGCCUUGACCCUCAGGCACUGGCAAGAGACUGUUUGCUGGGCCCAGGACCUUACCUCCUAUGACUGUUGGGACUUCUCGCCGGAGGGGACCAUAUGCUGCUGUUCCUGCUGUUCCUGCCGCUCUAGGAUUGCUCUAACUCCAGACCUGUGUGCAAAGGGUCGGACGCCCGGGCCUCCUGCGCACACUGCACUGGUUUCUGGGUGACUGAAUGACCCUGUGCUUCGCCUGACAAGGGACACUUGUGAAAGCGCAUGGAGGACUGUCAGCUGCCUGAUCUGAAUGGCGGGGAGAGGUCUUUCCACUGGGAGCUGACUCGUGUCAGGAUGGCAGACCCAUGAUCUCAUUUGCCCAGAGGGAGGGCAGUAUAGAUGUGGGGUGCUGGCGAGGCCCUCACUGUUGGGGUUCGGUGGGCUGCAUUGAUCAAUAAUCAUUACAUUGCAGGCAUUCCGUCCUGCUCCGCAGCUUACUCUCUAAAGCACACAUCACUGGGUGUCUUGGUUUUCCAGUCGCUUAUUGUUUGAUUGGACAGAUGUUUAUUAAGCACUUAAACUUGAUUAGCACAAGGCAGUAGACGCAUUAGUAAACCUUUCCAGACUCGGAAUCCAACGGAGCUGGGAUUUCUAGUCUCCCUUCCAGUUUAGAUGAUCCAGGAAUAUACAUGGGAUGAAGGGCACAAUGGACACCGGGAGGGCUACAGGGUGUAAGCCUCGGGGAUCCGAGGCUUGAAGUGGUUUCAGCUAUUUCUUGUUAGUUAACGUGCACGCUCCCUGUAAGAGCGACAUGUUUGAUCACUUGCAUGGAAACGAGCAGAGUGCCACACGUGCUGGGGAUGGAACAGUGGCCCAUCUCCAAAUGCGAUUGCUUCAGAGCAAAAUCUCUUCUGCUUGGGGAGGUAGAAGUCAUCAUAUAUCUGUUAUACGUAUCUGUUCAUACAGAAACCAGCACCUGUCAAACAGAGCUGGCGCUAAGAUUCAAUAGAAUGCCUUUUCCUCCGUGGAAUAUCUUGCUCUAAUAGCAGCGCCUUCUCUGUGUUGAACUUAGAAAAGCCUCCAAUUGUAGAUCUUGACAUAAAUGAAUAUAUGCGAUAUCUGAGAAACUGGUUUAUACUUUUCAAAAGAUUUGCAUGUGCAUCACUUCGCUGGAGACUCACAAGAGGAGCGCAAGGCAGCUAAUGUCUGUUUUACAACACGCAGGCUUAAUGAGGUUCAGCCACAUGCCUAGAUUUAUAUCCCAGGUCGGUGGUGGAGCCCGGUGAGGACCCAGAUUUCCUGGAGGCAAAGUCCGUGGUAUGUUCAUUCCUGCGACUUCCUCAAGAUGUCUACAGCCUUUUCACCCCGAUAUGCCUCAGAGGGGACAAACAAGGAGCUGGUUUUUGGAGGCAUCCAUUAAACCAUAAACCCUCAUAUUAGUAUAUAGCCAGGAGAAUAAGAGGUUGGGCUUUUUAUGGACGAGAUUUAUUUGGAAGGAGGUGUGAUGUCAAAUUGGGGAGAAGAGUGAUUUUUCUUUGUACUUAGGUUUUUCGAAAGAUGUUGUUUUAACCUGUGUUGUGCCAAAGUUGUGUAAUUUUCAAUGCCAAACUUUUGAAGACGUAACCAUAGUCAAGUCUUAGUUCAAGGUGUUUUCUUAAAUUGUGUGCUUCUUCUGUUGCUUCUGUGAAUGCUUUCUAGCCAAAGUGGAGCUUCUGUUAUUGGCCAUGCCUCCUGAUUACUUCUGCCUUCUGUUUUUAGGAAUGGAAGCCUCGGGAAUCAAAUCCUCAGUGGGUCCUGUAUUUAUACAUUUGGCUUGAAGCCUUAGUUGUAUAUAAUGAUUCCUUUUUUUUUUUUUUUUUAACACUUAGAGUACUAUUUAUUUCUCCAGUGUAUAUAAUGUAUAAAAACAAAUAUAUGGUUAGUUUUUAUUUUAAAAUUAACCAAUUUCAAGAUUAAACAUUUUUAAUAGGAAAAUAAUAAAAAUCUAUAUAACUCUU